UUUGUUAUGCCAUCUGGGAGUCUUAACUAUUGGCUUCAAAAUAAUCUUUUAAUCUCUGUUCUUUUUUUGUCCCCUUUUAAAGAUAUCUGAAACUAAAGUUAUUACCAAAUAACGCAUACAAAAUUCGUCUUGAAUUGAUUGUUAAGUCUUACGAACAAGUUUUAGGAAUGCAAAUUGAUUUUAAACAAAAAAAAAAAAUGUGAACAAUGAAUCUACUAUAGCAUGAAUAAUGAUGAAGGUGUGACAUUAAAUUGAUAUAAUGUCGUAACAGUCAUUAGUUUUCUGUUUGUAAUGAUAUUAAUUUCAGUUAAUCAGAAUUAAUGAAACAUUAACUGAAAUUAUAACAAUAACAAACAAAAGAAUAUGAAAAAUAACAACAACUCUAAAAAAAAAACUUAUUAAGCGAAAAAUAUCAAAUCAAAUGGAAUUACCUAUCAGUCAUAAUAACAGAAAAAAAAACGUUUUUACCCAACUAUUGAAGUUUAUUUAGAUGUUUUACUAUGGCAGGCAGAAGGUCAUCCUUUAUCUAUGAAUAAUAUUUCAAAAACAAAACAAAUAAAAACAAAACUGAAAAAAAAUGUCUAUAGACUUAAACCAAAUGGCGGCAGACUAGAGUAUUAUUUUUUAUAUUUUUUAAUAAACUAUGAAAUGCCAUUUUUGUUUUUAUAUUUAUACAUUCAAUAGACUUUUUCAAAAACUUUACUUCAAACACUUGUUGUCGCAUACCAGCACUUCAUACUCAUACUCAGCACUUAGUUGGUUGGAUUGUUGGUGGUGUUGGCUGCUUGUUUGUUUGUUAAGUCGUAACUAAAAGAGAGUUCAUAUUUUAAAACUGUAAAUAAAACUUUUUAAUAUUCACACAUACAGUUAAUAUAAUAAGGAAAAGAAGAACCAUCUUAUUAUAAGUAAAUAAAGGAGGAAAAGGAAGAUACUGCCACAACAACAACAUUAAAUAAUAAAUAAAGCAAUUGUUUGCAUAAAACAAACGGAAAAUACAUAAAAGCAUAAGAUAACAUAACAUUAACCUUAAAGUUUGGAGUUUUUUCAUUGUUGUUAUUGUUAUUGUUUGAUGGUGUUUGUUUUAAAAUCUCAUGCGUAUAAAUAUGGCUCGAUAUGAUGAUAAACGAUGGUUAAAGUUGUUUUCUUUUGGUGCUCUGGUUUUUGCAUGUUUACUGGUUGCAUCGGAGGCAGGACGUUCACAUGCAAAUCUAACAGCAUGUCAACAUUUACGACGUGCUGAGGCCAGACGUUCCAAAGCACUAAACACAAGAGUUCGAGCGCCGAGAUGUGAUAAACGUGGACAAUUCGAAACUAUACAGUGUACGAAUGCCAGACGCGGAGAGGAUUGUUGGUGUGUGGAUGAGUAUGGCGUGGAAAUACCCGGUACUCGUAAUGCUACAAAAGCCGCGGUUCAGUGCAAAGAACCCGCUAAUUGUCCAGCAUCAGCUUGUCGCAUGUUUUGUCCGUCGGGUUUUGCACGUGAUCCACAAACUGGGUGCAGUCAAUGUCGUUGUCGUGAUCCCUGUGAUGGCAUCAACUGUCCCAAUGGUCAAUCGUGUCAAUUGAUGGAGGUUAAUUGUAAGACAGAACCUUGUCCACCAGUGCCAACCUGCAAGAAAGCAAGAUCCUUGUCUAAUUUCUGUCCUGCCGGUAUGCCAUUGGCUAUUGAAGAUGGCAGUAAUAUGAGACCUUUCUUGUGUGGCUUGGAACCCGGUAAGCCACAGUGUCCUCCUCUGUAUCAGUGUAUGGUAGAAGGUGGCAAUGAUUAUGGUGUUUGCUGUCCCAGUGCUUUGAAAUUCAAUAAGCCUGGUAUUUGUCCAGCACCUGAAAUGGAAAAUUAUACACCCAGCACGGGUUAUAUGUGCGGUACACCCUGUACCCACGAUCUGGAAUGUCGUAAUAUGGAAAAAUGUUGUUUCACCAAAGGCUGUCAAUACAAUUGCCAACAACCGCACAAUGUAACCACCUGUCAACAGGCCCGUGCUUUAUCCGACAUUUUGGCCAUAAACGAAAGAGAAGGUCGUGGCUAUGUGCCAGAUUGCAGUGGUCCCAGUGGCAUGUUUUCACCCAAACAAUGUUCUCGUAAUGGUUUAGUAUGUUGGUGUGUAGAUCCCAGAACGGGACAUAAAAUUGCCGGCAGCAUGGGUGCCGCUAAUAUGGUGAACUGUGAGGGUUGGGAGAAUAUGAUUAGUAGAUCGUUAAUGGGCCGUAGUUUUAACCAAGAGAAAUGUGAUACCAAUAUUUGUGCAGCUGUAUGUGAAUAUGGUUUUAAGAAUGACCACAAUAAUUGUCCUACUUGUGAGUGUGCCGAGCCUUGCGAGGGUUUCUUAUGUCCCGUUGGUUCCCAGUGUGAAGUAGCCACAGAUCCUUUGUGCAAAUCAGGUUCUUCUUUGUGUGCUUCUUGGCCGGUAUGCAAACCCUCCAUGGCCUACUCAAAUCCAUGUGAAGUGGGAACUCCCCUAUCCGACAAUACCACCAAUGAAAUAAUGUAUUGUUAUAAUGAACGUCAAAGCUAUGGCCGUGAAAUCAAAUCAUUCUUUGAUGCUGAACCUGAAGUAAAAUCUUCUCGUGCCUUAUCAAAUCGUAUUAUUUGCCCGAACGAUUAUAAAUGUACGAAAUUACAUAAGGAAUCGGAAAGUGUUUGCUGUCCCAUUAAAAUUGCAGAAGAAACUAAACCAGUAGAACCACGUCAACAAACGAUGUGUGAAUAUAUACGUGACUUUUCGGAACGCAUGGAGGGUACCGAAGAAGGCAUGAAGUUGGCUUUGCCUGAACCCCGUUGCACCGAUGAGGGCAAUUAUAAGGAGCGUCAAUGUAGUUUCCGUAAAAUCAAAGUAACUAGAGCUGAGCAUCGCAAAAUUUUGGAGGAAAAUACCAUCCGACGCAUGCGCAUGUUAUUGGCCAAUAAUGCUGCAAAACGUACGAAACGUGAUGCCGAACGUCUAAAACUGUAUCGAGUCGAUGAUAGUUUACUUAAGGUUCAGUUGGCCGCUCCUGUGAUGGGUCGUAAUGCCAAGGUUAUAGAUAUGGGUGCUAGUAAGCAACAAAGUUUGGGACAAUUAUUUGAAACAGACUUUAAGAAGGUGGUUCCCGCACCCAAGAAACCCCUAAAUGAUGAAGAAAUAGUCGAAUUGGAUGUGGAAGAGUGCUGGUGUGUGGAUAGCUUUGGCACUGAAAUACCACACUCGCGAGGAUUUAAUGUCACCGAUGAAUCCUGUGUAAAGUUGCGUGAAGAAAUUGAUUGUCUAGAUCUUACUUGUCGCAUGGGUUGUGAAUAUGGUUUUACUUUAGAUCCCGUCACCCGCUGUCCGGCUUGCCAAUGUCGUGAUCCCUGCCAAGAUGUGGUGUGUGGGGAGAAUGAGGAAUGUCGUAUUGUGGAGGUAUCAUGUGAUGAUGAAUAUUGUCCCCCGGUGCCGGCCUGUUUAGCGCGAAAACCCGGCCAAUGUCCUUAUCUAGUGCCACCAGGUCCCGAUAACCUAGAUGCCAAUGCUUGUGCUUAUGAAUGCCGCACCGAUUCCCACUGCGAUGGCGCCAAACGUUGUUGCUCCAAUGGUUGUGGUACCCAGUGUGUUUUGCCGCAAAUGAAAACCGCCUGUCAACAUUUACAGGCCAUACAAAUGCAUCAGUCCUCCGAGUUAGGUAUACCCGUAAUGAAAAUGAACAUUGCUCAAUGUGACCCUGUUACCGGAGAGUGGAAUAAAAUCCAAUGUUCUUCCACCACUGGUGAAUGUUGGUGUGUUGAUGAACAAGGCCAGGAAAUGAGUGGUACUCGUUUAAAAGGCACCGAUCCAAUAUGCGAAGAAAAUUCCGCGUUUAAAUGUGAAAAGAAAAAUUGUUCCCGCAGUUGUGAGGCAGGCUAUCAGGUAGAUACAAAUGGUUGCCAAACUUGUGAGUGCCGAGAUUUUUGUGCAGAAAUAAAUUGUGCAGCAACCGAAGAAUGUCAAUUGAUCAAUAUAGACUGUGUAGAUGCGCCUUGCCCUAAGAUGCCCAUUUGUGUGCCGAAACGUGAGUCAUUGUGUCCCGAAGGAAGUCCUUUAAAACAAGGUGAUUUGGUGGUAAGCUGUGGACCCCAAAACGAGAACGAGACAUGUCCCUCCUCGCACACAUGUCAGCUGAAUCCGGUAACACAUCGCGGGGUAUGCUGUACAAAGACCAGAGAUGUUUGCUUUGAAUCCAUGGAUAAUAGCUGCCUAGCAAAAACAGUUUCUGUAGCCAAUGCCACACGCUAUCGUUUUAAUCCCAAAGCCAAUCGCUGCGUGCCGGUUGUCAUUGACUUAAACGAAAGUAGUUGUCAGACUAAAAAUCUUUUCCACAAUGAAUUAUCCUGUAAUUCGGUAUGUCCCGCUCUGACACAAUGUGAAAGAUUAAAAUUGAAAAACACUUUGGCGGCUCAAAGAACUGGCCAUUCGUCGGUAUGGUUUAAGCCUAGAUGUGACCCUGUAACAGGACACUGGAGCCCGGUGCAAUGUUUGGGUAAACAGCCAGAUUUAAACUCGGUUACCGGUUCUCUAGAUCAGACACCUUCACCUUAUGGUGUAUGCUGGUGCGCCGAUAAAAAGGGAGCUCCCUUAAAAGGUACUUUAACAAGAGAUAUAGAACCUGUCUGCAAUAGUAGACAAGGGCGUAAAUACAAACCCCAGGAUACUAGUGAUUUAUUGGUUAUGGAAGAACUUAUCAGACAAAUGACGGUUUUAACAGACUUGGAUAACUUUCUGGAGGAGGAGGUAGAAGAUUCUAAUGAAGUGCAAGCUAGACAUAUAAAAACUGAGGUUGAUUUGGAACCUAUGACAGUAAGCACUACCACCACAGUGCCACCCACCGUAACCGAACGUGUCUUGGAGCUGGCUAACUCUUUAUGGGAUUCCAAGUUGCAAGUGGAAUCGGUGAAAUCCAUACAUUUAAAAACCACCAGAUGUCGUUCUUUAGCCCAAACUGCUCCCUUUCCCAUUUCCUGUGACAGCAGUGGAGCCUUUAGUCCCAUGCAGUGUAAUAAAAAACAUUGUUGGUGUGUAGACUCUGCUGGUAAUCAGCUAGAAACUUCGCCCAUGUUUGAGAAGGGUCAAUACAACUGUACACCCACGCCCAUUUCAUCGGUUAUAGUAGAAAUGCACAUGCAAAAUAAUUCCGAAACCUCUAUAAAUAAUGUCUACGAUAUCAUACGUCUGGAGCUUAAUCAACUUUUGGGACGCAAUGUGGAAAAUUUAAGAGUACAAGAAAAUGGCGACGGUUCUGCUCUGAUACGUUUCGAACUGCAUAAUGAUGAUAAAAUUGAUAUGGCCUUCGCCAUAGAAACAUCUAUAAUGAGUGGUGAUUUCAAAUUGGCCAAUGGCCACUAUUCCACGGAUAUAACACGUGUCCAGUUCAUACAUCGCCGCGAAGAAUUACCCACUUAUGCCAAAGUUAUAACCUCACAUGAGGGCACUAUACAACUGGUACUAUUUAUAACAGCCAGCAGUACUGCUCUUUUGAUUUGUAUUUUUGUGGUGUAUAUCAUGUUAAAACGGGGCAAGGAAAAGGGCAUGACAAAUCCUUAUCUAUCAUCCUCACCACCUCCCUACCAAUCGCGUAAGAAUAGUUUAAACAAUGAUAGUGAUUUUGCUUCGCCCAUUUUUGUGUUAAGUCCCGAACAUGAUUUAGAAAGUAUUCGACCGCCUUAUGAGAACAAAAAGUCGGAAAAGUGUUAAAUAUUUAAAGCUUUCAGGAGCAAGGCUGCAAUCGGUGAAAUUUUAACAGGGGAUUUUUUUCAUAAUUUGUCAGAAAUUUUGCAAAAUGUGGAUUACAAUAUUGUUAUUGUAGCCUUUUUCAUUUAACAUAAAACUAUGAAUAUCCCUACUUAUAUAACAUCGUUUGUCUAAGGUCUAGUGAAAUUUGUUUUUACUCUAAUAUUAUUUUUGUUAUAGAUUUAAGCUGUGCAGCUAAUUUUUUAUAGAUUAAAAAAUUAUACCAAUUAAUUAUAAACUUUAACUGUAAAUAAUACAUCAUUCCAUUAAUUCAUUUUUUAUAUUUUUUGGUAUUUCAUAAACAAAUAAACAAGUGUAUUUUUUAAUUUAUUUAUCUUUAAAAACAAAUAAUGAACAAAAAAUACACAAGUAUUUAUCCGUACAUUUUAUUUAUAACUAUAAAAUUAUACUUUGACUAUAAAUAUUGAACGUUUUCAAUGGUAUACAAUAUUUUGUAUAACAAUUUAUAGAUUUUUGUUUUGUUUAUUCUACAGCAUCAUAAUAAAUAGAUAGACACACAAUUAUACUUUAUUCAUAGUCUAGUAUUUUAUACAAUUUUCCCCAUUUCAUUAUACGAGUAUUUAAUUUAAAUUUUUUUUUUAUAUUGAAAAGUGCUAAAAAUUUGUAUUUGUUUAUAUUUGUAUUUAAAAUUUUUUGCUCUUGAAUUAUUUAUAAAUAAAUUAUAUUCAUUGCUUUAUUUAGUUAUGUAAGUGUAUAUUUUUUCUAUUUUAUUUUUUUUGUUUAUUAAAUAAUAAAUUUUACGAAAAU